AUGAUUGUCACGGUCACCAAAAAAGAUCCUUUUUACAGAAAAAUAAUGCUGGUGCUAGCUGUUUUGAUCGGCGGUUUGGUUCUCUUCUCCGCUUUCUACAUGAUUUGGCGGAUUGAGAGCAAACGUAAAAAAAAUAAUAUUUAUGACAAGAAUAAUACCGGAAAAACAGCAAAUAACGCCCAAAGGACCACAGAUAAUGGAAAGAAUGCUACGUAUAAACCAUCCAGUGGCAUUUAUAUGAAGCGUAGCGUGCACAUGAGUAAGGAAAAAAAUGAUAAUGGCAUGUUAGGUGACACGAAUAAACUAUCAAGGAGCACCUCUAACGGGACAGAAAAAGUUAAUGAUGAUGAAAAAGAGAUGAGUGAACAUUCCGAAGAUGUUCUAACCUGCAAAAAAGGAACAACCAGAGAUCCUAAAAAAGAGAAUGAAACCUGUGAAAGGAUCUUACCAAAUACUGGCGAUGAAACAGAAACACAGGACAAAAUUCCUAACAUUUUAGCUUGUAAGGAAAAUAAAGGAGCGGUGAAGCAAAGAGAUAAAUCGCAUGUUAACACACACAGGAAAAUGAGAAUGUAUAAUGGGAUAAUUAUGAAUGGUAGUAACUUCGAGGAAACGCCAAAUCAAGACGAGGAGAAUGGAAGAUAUUGCCAUGCACCUGCUGAACUAAGAAUAAUAAACAAUGAUAUGAAUAAUGGAAGUACGCCCGAAACAUGCGGUGAUUCCAUUUCAUCACGCGUGUUUUAUGGCGUGGCUCAAACGGAUGUGAAUUGUAACGGUGAGGAAGCACAGCAAGGUGUUGGUACCUGUGAUGCUGGUUCAAAACCGCAUGACAAUUUCCAUCUUGUGCUUCCUCAUAAAAAAUGUCAAGAGCAAGCGUGCUUUCCGAUUGACAUGCGAAACGAUUCAUUCAAUGAUAAUUGCAGUUCAAAUGAGUUGCAGAUCACUUCUUGCGAUCAAUCAUGUUCAAAGUGUCCUGAAACGGGCCAGAAUGGAUAUUUUAACGGUUAUACACGUUAUGGAGUUGUCCUAAAUACCAACCCAAGUUUUGCUGAACAUAAAAGAUGUGCUCAUCCCAACGCUAUAGCAGAUGUUGGUAAUCGGAGUGGAAAACAGGGUGAAAAGAGCAACGUAGAGGACACGGGGUUUAGGUUGCCAGAACCAACACCUUCGUUCUCUGAAAUAAGUUUAAAAGAUCGUAUGAAACAAGAUGUUCAGACAGUGAAUGUUAAAGCAUCCUGCCUUGAACAAUUCAACCCACAGCAGUGUCUGCCAAACCUGCAAAAAGAAUGUGAGAGCCGCAAUUGUAUUGCGGAACAAGCCUAG